AUCAUUGUUACACUUUGGCUGUACCGCUUAUGCCGGGGCUGUCAAUCAAGAGGCGCACGAGCUACUGCAGGUGCAAAGCUGGGCUUUGGGCUAGGCACUGCUGCGAAGCCGAGGAUAAAACGCACAUUUCAUGAUGGCUUCUGCAAAUGCCACAUAUGGACAAAAGGAGUCCACAGACCAGAACUUUGAUUACAUGUUUAAAAUCCUCAUCAUUGGCAACAGCAGCGUAGGAAAGACUUCCUUCCUUUUCCGCUAUGCAGACGACUCAUUCACGCCAGCCUUUGUCAGCACAGUGGGCAUCGACUUCAAGGUCAAGACCAUAUACAGGAACGACAAGAGGAUAAAGCUGCAGAUCUGGGACACUGCUGGCCAGGAGCGCUACAGGACAAUCACCACAGCUUACUACAGGGGAGCCAUGGGCUUCAUCCUCAUGUAUGACAUCACCAACGAGGAGUCCUUCAACGCUGUUCAAGACUGGUCGACCCAGAUCAAGACAUACUCAUGGGACAAUGCCCAGGUCCUCUUGGUGGGGAACAAGUGUGAUAUGGAGGAUGAACGAGUGGUGGCUGCAGAGAGGGGCCGGCAGCUGUCAGAACAGCUGGGUUUUGAGUACUUUGAAGCAAGCGCUAAAGAUAACAUUAACGUGAAGCAGACCUUCGAGCGGCUGGUGGACAUCAUCUGUGAGAGGAUGACAGAGAGUCUGGACAACAACGACCCGACUGUCACCGGAGCUAAACAGGGGCCGCAGCUCAACGAGCAGCCUCAGAGGUCCCAUCAGGAUUGUGCUUGCUAAACAUGACUACACACACACACACACACACACACACAAACAAACAAACACUGUCUGCUGUCCUAAAAUCCACACACCUUUUUUCAGUUCAUCUGUCACUUUCUUUCUCAUAUGCACAUACACAAAUAUAUUGCACACAAACACUGCCAUACAGUGACACACAAGCUGGCUGCUUCGAGUCUCCACCCCUCUGACUUUUGUUCAUUUCAGUAAUACAGAGAUUACAUGAUAGCGCUAACUUAGUCAGAGGGGUGAAGACCAUUAACAGAGGUACAAUCCCAAGUUGUCUUUCUUUCUUACUUGUACGCACAUACACAAACACACACACUAUACUGUAUCUUAACAGAGUUAUAAAAGGCCAGUCAAGGCUAAGACUCCAAUCAUUCCUUACUGAUGUGUCUGCAAUUGGGUUAUACUCUAAAAGGCUGUGAAGGAGGAAUAUUAGAGGGAUCCUCCAACCCCAGCUCCCACUCAGCAUUAAACCUAAAUGGAUACAAAUAAUUUAAAAUUGUUUUACUUUUAGUCCAGUUGAAAAUAUAUGUUUGUUGCUGUGUAUAGAGUUGCUGGUCUUUUUUAUGUUUUUGAGUUGGUUGGGUGUGGUUUUGAGCAUGUGAAAUCACCAGUCCUUCCCAGUGUUGUGAUUGAGUUUCUACAGAUAAUUGCGGUCCAAGUUUGACGUCCAAACGGGGUCAUUUGAAAGUUUGUUUUUCUUUUAAUUUUAGGAAUGAAUGUAAAAAUAGCAAAAGUCAUGCAUAUCCGUUUGCUAGUCAAGUUAUUGUUAUAAUAAAUAAUUUUUGGGCCCUUCCCAGAUUUUUUUAUUUUUUUUAAUUUCUUUUAGUAGAAUUGGAUGGCAAUGUCAGUCGCUUGGUGGGCCAGUGUAAGGAGCUGCAUAGCCUCUGGAGGUUACUCGAUUUUAGAUUCUUUUUUACUUUUUUGUUACUAUUUUUUAAGACAUAUGACAAUAAAAGCAUAAGGGAUGUCAUUCACCUCAUGGAGAAGAGUGUAUAAAUGUUUAAAAGUAAAUAAAUAUGCAUUUUAAAAUACAUAUAUAAUAUAUAUACAUAUAUAAUUAACAUAUUAUACAAUAAUAAUAAUUUAGGCUAUUGGAUUGCGACCUGUGCUUUAGUGAGAGCUGCAUGUUGUUGAUGUUUAACUGAUUCUGGUUGACUAGAUGGUUACUUGUAUGAGCUGAAUUUAAAACCCAUCUGUCCUACAGUUUCAGUACUUGGAGGUACCAAAUGCCGCUAAAGGUUUCACUUGUGAAGCCCAUGGCCCCUUCUCAUUGUAUUAACUUUCAUUCACUGCGUACAUGCAACAUGCACUCACUAGAAAGGCAUGUGAUUCAUGUGUGAGCACUGGUAUACCACAGACCUGCCAUCUUUAUCAACUUCCAAAUAGUCUCUUAUGUCACAGUAGAUCAUGGUUUCAUCUUUGGGGGGAACAUGAUGUUUUUAAGCAUGUUAAAUGUCGAAUUAUGAGUUUUAUUUCUUUCUCAGAUGUUAAGGUUAGGGAUUUGUCUGCUCAUGUAUACAGUACAAAAUGCAUUCACAGAUGAGCUGAGGCAUGCGGAAAUAUUUUCAUCACCUAAGUUAUUUCAAAGUAUAACUUAUUUAUUUUGUAUUACUUAUAACUUUAUUUAUUUUUGAGAUAAUGUUCUUCCUAGAUUAUGCAUUGCAAUCUGCACUCUACAUUUUUAAAGAGAUGUUCAGUUGUAUUCAAUUGCUUAAACUGUCCCAGCUUUUAAAUGAAAAUGUAUUUGUGUUUACAGUGAAUAUGAAGUAUAAGAUGCUUCCUCAAGAAGAAAGUUAAACAUUCCAGUGUAAGAAUCUCUUAUGUCAACGUGGCUUUGUUUGUCUUUUGAUAUCAGUUAUGUAACGUUUAAGAUGUGGUAGUGUAAAAGCAGUUCUUUCUCUCCACACCCAAAUAUCAGCAACAUACAACCCUGCUGAAGUUUUGUAAUACACGUACUGUACGUGAGUGUGUGAAUGUACAGUAUAAAGUCAGUCAGUCAGGAAACUGUUUGGGAAGUAAACUGAAUACUCUGAACACUUCAUUAAAAUAGUGAUUCUUAUUGCAUUUGUUCACUUUUGACUUGUUUGUUGAUUUUUGUUACCUUAUUUAUUGUGUUUUGCUACAGCUGUAAACUUCCUGGUGACUUAGGAACGCGUAUUGAUCCUGUUCAACUCUCCUCCUCCUCUUCCUUCUUCCCUGUCAUAAAUAGCCCUUGUAAAUAGGAAUUUUCUGCCCGUCGGGUAUUAGUUGUGUGAACUGUGCUGUAAUUCUGUAAUGCCAGAUUUGCUAAAAUGAGGAAUCAAUAAACAAAUUCUAAAAGCUGGA